ACGAGGGAGACACGGGCACAUUCUCAUUCUGACUGAAUCUCUUCCUCGGAGUCGGAGAACUUCCCUUGCUCUCCCCUGCAACAAUGCCGAGCACAGAUGCAGACUUCGAUCUCAGACAGUCUCCACAGUCCGCCUUCUCUAUGGGAGAUUACACAUUCGCCGAUGCCGGAAACUUGGAGCAUUGUGCUAAGUACUUGAAUCAAACGCUCGUCACAUUUGGCUUUCCCUCUUCGCUUGAUCUGUUUGCUAAUGAUCCUUUUUCUGGGCACUAUAGUUCUGAUGAUGAGCAGGUCAUGAGAAUUAGUAAAAUGGUUGCGACUCACUUGCAGCACCCAGCACGCCGUCAUGUGAUAAUUGUUGGAGCCUUGGAGGAAUUAUUUGCGUUAUUUUGGAAUACUUUGUAAAUUUAAUUAUUUUGGGUUAAUCUUCAAUUCAUGUAAUAGUAGAAUGUUAUAUUCUCUGGGUAUAUUUAGGUUAUUUUUAAGUGUCCCAUACUCCCAUUUCCAUUAUAUUUAGGUUAAUUAUGUCGAUAACUGACCUACUUCUGUGAUGACCCUGUUUCUUGGCCCAAUAUAAUGAAGCGCCAUGGAGCUAGAAUUGGUGAUGCUCAUUUAUUGAUGUCAGCAAAAAUUGUCAGAAAUGUGUAGUUUUCCUUGGUCUUUUCAGUGCGUGGUAAAGUGCCUGACCGUAGCUAACAUGUUAAUGAGGUUGUUGAUACCCAGCUUUUAAAUAGCUUGGCAGUGUCUGUUUCUGAUAAAUUGGUUAUUAUUUUUAACUUUUUUUAUCCCUAUUUUCUGUGCUUUCUCCAAGCAUUUUUGAUGUAAAGCUUCUAUACUCAUUUUGGAGUAUCUGUUAAUAUACAUCACAUCUUAUUCAUCAUUUAGACUAAUGGAUAUUGGAAUAUACAUAUCUUCAACAUUUUAGGGCGUCGGAUAUUGGGGUACGAAGUGAUAUUAUUGCUCGAGAUCUGAAUCUUCCGGUGGAUAAAAUCAGGAAAGCUUUAGAUUAUCUUCAAAGUGAAGCCAUUGUUUACUCAACAAUUGAUGACCACUUUAAGCUUAUUGACUGACAUCUAUUAACGUUUAGGAGAACCAAAACUUCAGGCUACUCAGGGUUUAACCUCUUUUGGUUGUCUAUAUUAGGAAGAUGUAAAUGCAUUCUAAGGAAAAUGUUUAAAGUGGUCUUUUCUCUCGCAGCUUGGUUUUCUAUGGAUUUCUGUUAUGUAUCCGAGUAGGCUAUAAGUAACCUUCGAUGAAUUUGCACUGUGGCUUUCAUUUCUGUGAAUAUUAAUUUUAACUAAAUUUAGGGUCUCAAC